AUCCUAUACAAGCUUGUCCCGCCCCCCUAAAAGAGGGGAGCGAGGGCGCUCCCAGCCUCCCAAACUGGAGCCAGGGAAAAAAACUUUACGCACAAGUUUCCUUCAGGAGCACAGCAGCGCAGCAAGGUCAGAGACGCAAGGCUUAAGGACAUAAAAUGAUUCAUCAUCUGGAAUAAAAUCUAGCCUGAAGAGAAGCUUACUUUGAAGAACUGACUUUAAAUACUCAACUUUUUAAAGGCAAAAUGAACAUUCAGAGGGCAUCAUCGUUUUUAUGUUAUAUGAUUCUGUGCAUGGACAUCUGUCUAAGCCAGAAAGACUGCACAGGCGUGGACUGUCAGGAUAUCCAGGGCUGCAUCGAAACGGUUUUAGAGAACGGUGCCUGCUGUCCCACCUGUAAACAAAAGGGAUGUACCUGUGAGGGUUACCAACACUAUGACUGCAUCCAAGCAGGCUUCCGGAGGGGGAAAGUCCCAGAAGGGGAAUCUUACUUUGUGGAUUUCGGAAGUACUGAAUGCUCCUGUCCUGCCGGAGGAGGGAAGAUAGAGUGUCAUUUUAUUCCGUGCCCUGAAAUCCCCCAAAACUGCAUUGAUGUUUUACAACCUGCAGAUGGAUGUCCUCAAUGUAGUCAAAUUGGCUGCACCCAUGGCAAGAAGAACUACGAAGCGGGGCACUCGUUUCAGUUGGAGCGGUGCCAGGUCUGCCACUGUCCGAAUGAUGGGGGAAGGUUAAUGUGUUCGCCUAUCCCCGAUUGUGACCCUCAUAGUUCUAAUAAGCCCAUGCGGGUUACAACUACUGAGAACAACAGCCCUUUGAGAGACAUAGGCAGCCACCAUGACAACAGACAAACAAGUCCUGUAGAACCAUUUUCCAACCUGGCAUUGGGAAAUACUUUACCACUGUAUAAACAGGACCCACCCAGUUUUGGCACAGGGGAUUAUGACUCCGUAUUGGCAGAGUCGACUUCUUCCACCAUCCAAGACCUGGCCCAACCACCGGAAUCUACUACAACAUCCCCAGAUUUACCAGAGUCAAGCUCCACUUCAUUCAGCUCGCAUGAUGACGAGAGACAUGAGCUGAGGGAGACACAAAAAAGCUCUGACUCAGAGAGGAGAAGUGAGGCUGAGGUCACACAAAACUCGGAUCCAACCACUACAGGGGCUCAGAGAGAAACUUCUACUUUACUUACAACCACCAGCACACAGAGAGUGACAGAGAACCGCAGGACGCAGCAGGAAAUUGGUGAAAGGAACAGUAGACAUAACAGUGGUAGAAACGGAGUGGAGGACACAACACACACCGCACGUGCAAACAAUGGGGCCAGGCAUCACAAACAUAAUCAAGCUAGUCACAUGGGAAGUAAUGCCGAGUUCCAUCCUGCAGUUCAUAAGGAACAAGAAAAAGUGUCAAUGGAGGAUGGACAGCUACUCGGCAAAGAUGAGCAGGCCUCAUAUCCCACAGUACAGUUCAGUCCCACCAGCAUAGCGCCAGUCAGGAUGAGGGAGGAUGGAGAGCAGCCCCAAAGACAACCCCAAACCCUCCUCAACUACCAGCCUCAGGGCCUAGAGGGAGACACUGAAGUGUCUGCCAAGGAGCUGGUGAAGACCUGCUGCGAGACAGGAGAGAAAUGGGCUUCAGCUAAUGGUCACUGCAACAACAUGGAGCGACCCAGAAGAGAUAGGCACUCCAUCUGCUGGACUGCCCAACAACAGUGCUGCCGAGGUUCCCUGGGAGAAAGUCGGUGUUCGGCGGGAAUUAUUGCAGCCAGAGCAGGAAAUAUGUGCCAAGAGGAUGCCAGCGAUAAAUGUGGAAUCGAUUCUUACAAGGAGUGCUGUGACUGCUGCUCUCUGGGGCUGCAGCUCCGCCGGGAGGGAUAUCGCUGUGAGGCCCACCAGUACCUGGGCUUCCACUGCAGACACGUCUUUGUAACAUGUUGCGAGGGGGAGAAGAGCAGCCCUGAGAAUCAAGACGGCUGGCACCCUGUCAGAGAGAGCCCCGCCCUCAAUUCCACUCCACAACCAGAAAAAGUAUCUGACCACCGGUACCCUAAAGAGGCCUUCUCCAUCGGUGAGGAGCGGGAUGGGGAGAAUGCAGUGGAAGGUCGUGUUGAAGUGGAGGACAUGAAUGAGUGCCUGAUACAUGAGGGCAACAUCUGCCACCACAGAUGUGUCAACACACCAGGCUCCUACCGCUGCGAGUGCUUCCCUGGAUACGUGCUGCAAGAGGACGCUUACACUUGUGCUCCAGAGACGCUGGACGAGGAGAACAGGCUGAAGGAGAAUGACAGAGUGGCAGUGGAGCCCACUUCAACACUUCCGCCCCACACCCAGCCGUCUGUCCCACUCAACCCCUGUGAAGGGAAUGGCCCAUGUGAGCAACACUGCACCUCAGUGGGCGGAAGGCCACAGUGCUCCUGUUUCCCAGGAUACUCCCUCAUGGCUAAUGGAUGCUCCUGUGAGGACAUAAAUGAGUGUUUUUCUGCAAGUGCCUGCCAGUUUGAUGAGCGCUGCAGGAAUACUGCGGGGAGUUAUAUCUGUCAGAGACCAAUCUCCUGUCCCCCGGGAUACCAGAUAAACAACGACAUAUGUGAAGAUAUCAAUGAGUGUGUGCAGCUGAGCCAUAACUGCAGGCUCAGCUUUGAAUGUGUGAAUACCGAGGGUUCGUUCAGGUGCAACCCAAAACCUCAAUGUCCUGUGGGCUUCAACCAGGAUGCGCAGGGCGACUGUAUAGACACUGAUGAGUGCAGCAAUUCGGCCCAGCCAUGUAGCCUUGGAUUUAACUGCAUCAACACGAUGGGAUCCUACAUUUGCCAGAGAAAGAUAAUCUGUAGCCGUGGCUAUCAUGCCAGUACUGAUGGAUCCAGGUGUAUUGAUCUGGAUGAGUGUGAGAGCAGUCUGCAUCGAUGUGGAGAGGGCCAGCUGUGCCACAAUCUGCCCGGUUCCUAUCGCUGUGAAUGCCAGACAGGCUAUCAAUAUGAUUCAUUCAGGAGGAUGUGUGUAGAUGUAAAUGAAUGUUGGCGCUACCCAGGCCGCCUGUGUGCCCAGACCUGCGAGAACACCCCAGGCUCCUAUGAAUGCUCAUGUACCUCUGGCUUCCGCUUAUCCAGCGAUGGAAAGACCUGUGAAGAUGUGAAUGAGUGUUUGGCCAGCCCAUGCAGUCAGGAGUGUGCCAACGUCUACGGCUCCUACCAGUGCUACUGCAGAAAGGGCUUCUACCUCAGGGAGGAUGGGAACACCUGUGAAGACAUCGACGAGUGCUCCCAGAGCAUUGGCCACCUGUGCACAUAUAAGUGUGUGAAUGUUCCUGGCAGUUACCAGUGUGCCUGUCCUGAACAUGGAUACACCAUGUCUGCAAAUGGACGCUCCUGCAGAGAUAUCGAUGAGUGUGCCACAGGGGCCCAUAACUGCUCUCUAGCUGAGACCUGCUACAACAUCCAAGGAGCGUACCGCUGCCUUUAUUUCGACUGUCCACCAAACUAUCGCAAAGUAUCUGACACGCGCUGUGAGCGGAUCAGCUGUCCUAACUACCUGGAGUGUCAAAACUCUCCUCUGAGGAUCACCUACUAUUACCUCAGCUUCCAAUCCAACAUUGUCGUCCCUGCUCAGAUCUUCCGCAUCGGACCCUCCCCAGCCUACUCUGGAGACAACGUGAUCGUCAGCAUCACGGAGGGAAAUGAAGAAAACUACUUCAGCACCCGGAAGCUGAAUGCCUACACAGGCGCUGUGUACUUAAAUCGACAGGUUGAGGCUCAGAGGGAUUUCGCAGUCAAUGUGGAGAUGAAACUUUGGAGACAGGGGACGUUUACCACUUUCCAGGCCAAGAUCUUCGUCUUCAUUACAGCCAACUUACUCUAACAGUUAGAGGUGUGCUGUGGGUGGCCACUAUGAACCUUUUCAUUUCAGUAUUUAACAAUGUCAUAAAGUAUACCACUGUUCGUCUUGAUUGGUUUGAGUAGUUAAUUCCGCGUCCAGUUGAAAUUAAAUGUAAACAUUGCUGUAAGUGUUGUGGAAUAAUCAAAUUGAGGCUUUGCGUCAGUGUCUUUUUAUGCUCCUGCAACUGGAAUGAAAUCCUAUAAUAUCAAAUUAUCUUUAUUUUUUAAUUCCUCACUUGAAAUGUUAUAGCAAGCAUACAUUUAAGUCAUUUCAUGGCUUGCAAUACCAAUUCAAAACACAAGAGACUUUAACCAAAAGCCCAUUCAAAUCUCAAUCCAAGAUAACAUCUGAGAUUCAAAUAUAUUUAUUAUAGCCCCAAUUUUACAUUGUUUUGAUUAUCUAAACCAGAUGUGAGUAAAGCAUAAAAGUGGUAACUGGCUUCUAGCUUCAGCCCAUUUCUUUUCUUCAUACUGAGAGAGUGGUCCCAGUUUUCUGCUCAUGUAAUCCUGUUAUCAGAUGAUGAUGUGUAGUUUGAUAACCCUGUGGUGAAAGCAGAAGAAAUUGUUUUGUAAAAGUUUUCCAUUCGUCUUUUCUUUGACCCUGUGCUGCUGUUAUUGUUUUGUCUUCAAAGUAUUGUAUCUUAUAUAAUUUUAUAUUACUCUAUAUGAGGUAUUUUUGUACUCCUGUAAUCAAUCACAUUAUGGAUGGAUGUUUCAUAUUUUUUAGAUCUAAAGUUGCAAAGUAUUUUAGUAAAACAUAAAAAAAAAUACCAAUGUGGUUUGGUGAGUAUUGGCUCAUUUUAUUUAUUCAUAACAAAGAAUAUUAUUUGUAAUUGUCACUUGACAGACCUGUUUGAUGCACCAAUUCUUUCUCAUACCCUGUAUAUAGUGAACGAUAUUCCUCAGUGAAGUUUUUAAAGUAUAUAAUCCACUCUUGUCAGGACAUGUCACACAGUAAAUACAUGCCUAUUUACAUACCUGUUCACACCUUGCAAGUGAACUCAACAUGAGCACCAUCCUUCAACACACGCCUUUUUGACACGCACACAUUUUAUUACGCCCAAUAAAAGCAAUGAUCAUCUUUGAUUUCUGAAAUAAAAUAAUUAUAUUUUUA